AUGACUGAGCCCGCUGCAGAUAUAAAGUGGGCGGACCUCUCGGAGGAGGAGGAGGAUGAGGCGCCUAAGCGGCGGCCUCUCAUCCACCGCCAACGAAUUGAGCAACAAGAACGAAGCGAAGCCGCCGCCGCCGCCGCGCGAACACAGCAGUUUAAUCGAAACGCCCGUGGCCACUACUACGACCACCGAGACCGCGGCGGCGGUGGGACCCGCCUCCACGACCGAGCCCACGACCGGGACCGAGCCCACGACCGAGCCCACGACCGGGACCGAGUCCACGAGCGUUUGUACAAUGACCGCGGCGUUCGUGACCGCGACCGGGAUCGCCGCAACGGGCCCCCGCAGACCGCCCGUGGGGGACUGGCCCGUCCGCACACGCGCGGCACACUCCACGAGAACAAGCCCAGCGACAUCUUGCGGCCGAAACCCGGCUCUUCAAUGCAAUCGAGCAGACGCACCUCGCAGCCGCAAACCUCGCCCGCGAUCAGCAAGCCUGCCGCCACAUCGCCCGCCGAGAAGAAACCAGCCCCCAAACUCCAACUCGGCAUCAUCAACUCCAUCACCGCCACUGCGGACGAAGGCGUCGCCAGAAAUCCGUCGAUUUUCGGCGAGGGCAAGGCCCGCGAGGACGUGCUCAAGGAGACGAAUCUCUCCGAGCCGAGCGUCGAUAAGUCGCCUGCGGCCAAAUACAAGAUCUCGAACAGAGGUUCGGAACGCAAUGUAAAUAGCAAGGCACACGAGCCGACGGCGCUUCCGCGACCCGCCAACUCCACGACUGGCAGCCAGUCGUCUGGCGCCACGGCCGGCGCUGUGACCGGGACUGCCGCCACCGGGACGAAUCGUCCGGUGGCAGGCCGUGGGUUCGAAUCGCGCGGAGGUCGCGAGGGCAAAACCACGGACCGUGGGCCAGGCCGGCGGGAAACCGGACGCGUAGUCGGGUCGCGGCCGUCAGGGGCGGAACCACCGGCGGAGCCCUUCGUUCCCAGCCCGCCCGGCGAGCCCGGCUUCGUCACCUAUGCACCACCUGUCGAUCGAUUCCAAUUCCCCAACCCCGUCUGCCUCCUCCCGCCAACCGGCGCUGUUCCCGACGGCGGCCGCUUCCGAGACGCCAUGGGUCGCCCUAACGAAGCUUUCGUCCCACCCUACAUGGACUCUGAUCCCAGCUUCACGUGUACGUAUUCCACCCGACUUUUAUGGUUGCUUUGCAGUGCGACACCCGACGGGCCCAUUGAUGUACGCGCCGACGGCAGAUCCGUACAUGUACGCCGCGCCACCGCCGACUGGCGAGCCGCCAGUCCUGGGUUCGAUUCCGAGAAAUGUCGUAACGAUGCCCACGAAGCCAACGGUAUUGAGCCGGUGUCCGCCACCGCCGCCACCGCCCGGAGCGAGUCCGACGGCACCGAGUCCGACGCCGGCCGCGCCGCCGCAGGAUAA